UAAAUUACAAAGGAGCACUUUCCAUUCAGUAGACGCUCAGAUCAGAAACCACUAAUUGCGUACUGCCUUGCCCCUGGGAAUCAAAAACAUUGAUGAAAGGUCCAUGAAAAAGCCACCCACCACAGUUAUGGAUCACAGUCUGACAGAGAUGUACUUGAGGUGCUGGGUUUCCCCCACCUUGACCAAUUUAAAGUUGUCUUCAUGUCAUCAACUUGCUGAUGGACGCCUCUGCUGCGUGACAGACGGCAGGACGACUCAAAACGAACACGUCCAUUUGCAAAGGGCUUCCGGGAGUGGGAAGGUAAGGGCGCGGGGUGGGUGGUGGGUGGGGGGAGAUGCGUCCUCUGUGUGCGUGUGUGUGUUUAUUCAUCAUCCCAAGGGCACAUGAGAAGCAGAUAUAUAAGAUGCUGCACACCUGCUUGGCUCGAACAACUACAGACCUCGCCAGCUGACCUUAGCCUCUUACCAAAGUUCAGGACUUGCAGUGCUGACUCCUCAGCAUGUUGCCCGGGAGAGUGACCGAUGUCCAGGCAAGGAGCGGGCUGCCUGCACCUCUGGCUCUUUUCCUCGUCGUCCUGCUCAUCCUGUUCUCCUGCUGCAGCCUCAGCAGCGCACACAGCACCACGGUGGAGCACGACUUCCACAUUGUGCACAACGUUGACAACAGAAGUCCAGAGAUAGACCCCUUCUGGUACGUGGGCCGUGGCGUGAGACCCAUCGGGCGCUUCGGGAAGCGAUACAGCAGCGUUGAGGCAGCGGGCGAUGUGGGGAUGCAGCCUGUUGUCAGGAUGCUGGAGCUGCUCUUGAACAGUCUCCGGAACAAGGAGAACCUGGACAAGGUGCUGCAUGGAGAGGAUGGGGACUGGUUACCAUGACAACAUGCAUCUCUCCCUCACAUCAACCAACAAACUCUGAGGUUGUGCUUGAUACAACACUCUCGUUCCGUGUUCCUCCCCGGUGAUUGUUAAUAAAAUCAACCUGCAAAUGUGUGUUGUGUACAUAUGGAAAUGCAGUUUAUAUCGAAUUAAUAAAUAUGAACUUCAUAGCG